GGUCCGGGGCUUCGGUGAGCGGUGCUCGAACUCAUGGAGGUCAAAAAGGACGUAUGGGGCCUGCUGCUCGUGCUCCUCCUCGGCCAGCUCGUCGCCUUCUCCAUGGCUGCCGCAAGCUUCACCUCCUCCCUCAUUGCUAAUCUUGCAGUCGAUGCACCACUCACACAAUCUUUCUUCGCGUACCUGUUGCUGACCUUAGUUUAUGUACCAAUCGUCCUGCGUCGACGGCAGAAGUUGCAAAUAGCUUGGUAUUGGUAUCUAGCCCUGGCCUUCAUUGAUGUCCAGGGGAAUUAUCUUGUUGUGAAGGCAUAUCAGUAUUCAUACAUCACCAGUGUAACUUUGUUGGAUUGUUGGACUGUUGUAUGGGUCAUCAUACUCACCUGGUACGCACUGGGCACAAGAUAUUCGAUCUGGCAGUUUGUGGGGGCAGGGACAUGUGUGGCGGGGCUUGCCCUUGUGCUCCUUUCAGAUGCGAAGUCUCCAGAGCAAGAUCCGAGUAAAAUACCACUUCUGGGGGAUGCCCUUGUUAUUGCCAGGACAGUUUGUUUUGCAUUUAGCAAUGUUGGGGAGGAGUACUGUGUCAAAAAGAAAGACCGAGUUGAAGUUGUUGCAAUGCUUGGAUCCUUUGGGUUGCUAAUCAGUAUAGUUCAGAUAUUUAUAUGUGAAAGGAAGAGCCUAGAAGCAGUUACCUGGUCUCCGACAAUGAUAAGUCUGUUCGCAGGAUUUGCAGUGGCAAUUUUCAUGUUCUACACAAUUACUCCUUUUGUUCUCAAGAUGAGUGGAGCAACAUUGUUCAACCUUUCACUCUUAACAUCUGACAUGUGGGCAGUCGCUAUUCGAGUUUUAUUCUAUCAUCAGCAGAUAAACUGGCUGUACUAUCUAGCAUUCACAGUUGUGGCCAUUGGAUUGAUCAUCUACUCACUAUAUGAAAGUUCUUCAGAUGAUGAAAUAGCUGCGAGUACAGAAGCAGAAGGCCAAUAUCAGCAACUUCGAAGUGAGGAUAAUUCAACAGGAAGUGGUUCUAAUUUGGGCAAACAAGAAAGGACACAUAAGGAAGAAGUUCACAUUUGUUAG